CUAACAUGCGCCGCGGGUUUGCGUUGCGUCUCGAAAUAUCUAGUUAUCAACCGCCAGAGGCUUUAGUUUGUUGAUAAUAGGACAUAGAUCGAGUUGGGGGAAUUUUAGAAGAGCCAAUCCAUCUAUCUAUGACAUUUUGGUUUCGAAUUCUCGAUAUUGUUUGUUGUCUCGAAGUGUAGAAUCCGAGAUGGCGAGUGCGAGCGCUCUACUCUCACAUCUGCGGCUCAACUACUGCUGCUGUAACCGUUUGAAUUUCAACGGAAAGCAACGACCUUCUAUGCAAAUCUACAGUGGUAGAGAUGGGUUUCGGAUUUCGGAGACUCUUCGUCGUAAAAAUUUUGGUCGUGUGGUUUGUUUUGCUGUUGAAGAUGUGAAAACGCAGCAGGAAUCGCAGGUGGGUGGUGUUGGCUCAGCUGUUCAAGAAAGGCCAGAUCUAGCAGAUAACUCGAGAGAAGAAAUUAUACAAAAUGACGGUCAAAAUAAUGGAGAUAGUGCUCUUUAUAAUUUUCUUUAUCCUGAUAAUGAGCUUCUCCCGGAUGAUAAGGAGAUGAGUAUAUUUGAUCAUCUAGAGGAGCUACGCCAGAGAAUUUUUGUGUCAGUUUUGGCGGUUGGAGCAGCUAUGUUGGGGUGCUUUGCAUUUUCUAAAGAGUUGGUAAUGCUUCUUGAAGCUCCUGUUAAAUCGCAGGGGGUUCGCUUUCUGCAGCUUGCUCCUGGAGAGUUCUUCUUUACAACUUUGAAGGUAUCUGGAUACUGUGGACUUCUUUUAGGAAGCCCAGUCAUUCUCUAUGAGAUCAUAGCGUUUGUUCUUCCAGGUCUAACAAAGGCAGAGAGAAGGUUCUUGGGGCCUAUUGUUCUAGCCUCAUCGAUACUUUUCUAUGCUGGUGUCAUCUUCUCCUAUUUGGUUCUCACUCCGGCAGCCUUGAAUUUCUUUGUUAACUACGCUGAAGGGGCAGUGGAGUCUCUGUGGUCCAUUGAUCAGUACUUCGAGUUUGUGCUUGUGCUUAUGUUCAGCACGGGCUUGUCUUUCCAGGUUCCUGUUAUACAACUGCUAUUAGGACAAGUUGGUCUAGUAACGGGAGACCAAAUGCUGUCCAUUUGGAGAUAUGUUGUGGUUGGGGCCGUUGUUGCUGCUGCCGUGCUUACACCUUCAACUGAUCCUUUAACACAAGUGCUUUUGGCAGGGCCUCUGCUGGGUCUCUACUUGGGAGGUGCAUGGAUGGUUAAGUUUGUCGGGCGUUAAUUGUUGCCUAGUCAUGGUGGCAUAGAAGAUUUAUUUGGCAAUUACUAUGGAUUUCACAUCAAAUCAUCCAAGAAGUUUUUUUUUUAAAACACCCAUGGAAAAAAAUUCAGUAUCAGCUUCACUUCAUCUUUUUGUGAUGAUCCCCAUCUUUCCACUAUCAUAUUCAAAAUUUCUAUUUGUAUUGCUCUAUGCAUAGGUGACCACACAGUGACAGUGUAAAUGGAAUCUUCAAGUUGUAAUAUUCAGUUGUAUCUAAUUGAUAAUAUAAAUUCUUCCGUCCAGUGGUUUGACCAGCAAAA